AUGGUGCUGAGAAUAGCUCUCUACAUCUUCAUUGUCCUCGUUGGCCAGACAGUGGCUAUACUUUUGGGAAGAUCGUACUAUGUCAAAGGAGGCAAAAGCAAAUGGAUUGAAACACUAAUGGAAGUUGCAGGUUUCCCAGUUCUCCUUCUCUUCUACUGCGUUUCAGCUUUCAAAAAUCCCACCACAAGCAUUCUUCAAACACGGCCAAGAUCUUCCUUUAUUGUUGCAUCAGUCUAUGGCUCCCUUGGCCUACUAACAGCAUCAAAUUGCUUUCUGUUUUCAAUUGGGAUGCUAUAUCUUCCUGUCUCUACUGUCACUCUCAUUUCAGCAUCCCAGUUAGGCUUCAAUGCUUUAUUCUCAUUUUUACUUAAUUCACAGAAGUUCACUCCUUUAAUCAUCAACUCUUGA